CUCCGUCCCACACCCGCCGCCGCGUGCGAAGAGAGGAGAAAGGAGGGAGUUCGUGCUUCACUUGUUUACUGGUUCAGAAAAGCAUACAAGGUGCUCCUAGACGAGUUUGCAACACUUCACUACAGGUUGAAGAUCAAUAAGGAGUUCGCACAAGUUGCAUCAGCUCUGUCAUCCCACAGUCAGAUUUGCAACUGUUUGUUGUUCCAAACGAUUUGAUAUGUCUACCAUCGAAGGACCCGCCCCUGAAGGCAUGAAGAGGCUCCCAAGUGAUGAGUUCUCGGUCAUCUUUCCAAGGAGGAAGACCGUUAACACAAAUAGCAAGCAUGAUGAUUGCAGCCCUGUGUUCGUCACCAAGGAAUUCAUCACCCCUUACUUCACAAUGCCUAUGCUCGCUGCAUGUGAAGAGCUCGGUGUUUGCCCCACUGCCAUGAAGAAGGCGUGCAGAAAGCUUGGGAUCAUGAAGUGGCCAUACCGUCAAACAAUGGCGGCGGCCAAGCAGUCGGCCAAGAAGAGCAAGACAAGCGCGAAGGCCAGCUCAACCAAGGCCAAGCCCGAGGAGCCAGCACCUGAGGUCGAGGAGACCGUUGGUCCAUCUCUCAACUUUCCCAGCCUUCAGUACUGCAUGGACUCGAUGUGCGGAUUUGCUUCCAACGACGGUCCUGCUUCACCGAAUGAGGAGGUUGAUCACCGCUUCGCUUCAGCUAGCUCUGCUCCUGCUGUGCAAACGACUUCUUCGAGUGAAUGUUGGCAACUCGCUCCCAUUCCAGAUGCAUUCUUGGAGCAGGAAUUCCCUCUGGAAGGUACUUUGUUCAAGCAGACCGAAGAAGUUAUUUCUUCGAUGGAUGGAUGUUACAAGAAGAGCGAGUUCACAAUGACUCAGUUCGAAGAUGCCUGGCAUUCUUCGUUCGAUGACGAGCCUUCAGUGCCGAACGCCUGGAAUGAGUCGGUUUUUUAGAUUUCUGUAUUUUUUGUUCUUUUAAUUUUCUUUGUGUGAACCUUUCAUUCCAUCUACAUCCGUUGUUUUUGCAACUUUAAUGAACUAAUUUUGGAGUG